CGAGACCCACGAGCUGUAUUUGCGAAUCCGACAAUUCCAGAUAUAUGUCCAAUGCUUGCGGUGGGGAUGUACUUGUUGUCAGGUACGAAUCAGUAUCAUAGAUUCCUAAUGUCUUUGCACCGAACUAUGUCGGUACCAGCACAAGGCGAAGAAAUGGAAAGGCUGGGGAUCAAAGCUGAUGAGAUAGGAACUCAUUCUGUAAGAAAGGGCGCUGCCACCUUCGGUGCAAGUGGAAGUACCCAAUGCCCACCUGUCGUGGCACUUACAGAAAGAGCUGGGUGG